AUGCCGCUUCAGAAAAAAAUGAUCUCAAACCGGCACAAAGGUUUUCUCCCCAACUCCUCGGGUGCUGGGGAGUGGACCGGGUUUCUCACGGCGCGGCCAGCGCUCGAGGCCUCGCCUCCACACUGCGGAGAGCAGUCGCCGCACCCAUUUAACCCUUCGCCGGCGCGAGCCGCCGGGCGGGCGCGGGGAAGCCGCAGACGGGGCCUCCGCAGCGCAAACCCUUCCGUCCGCGCUUUCCAGCGCGAGGGAGGAGCCCCGCGCCCCCGCCCGAGCCGCGGGAAGGGGGGAGGCAGCAGCGCGCCCGCCCGCCCCGGGGGCUGGGACGCCAGCGCCGCCCGCAGAAGCGGAACCUCGACCCGCCAGGCCGCGGACACACCCCACUCUCCCGCCCGCGCCGCGCCGCCACCGGACCGCGGGCGCGGGGCCCGUCGGGUCCUGAGGGGCCCGACAGCUGCGGCGGGGGAGGGGGCCGGGGCCACACCCAGGCCCGCGGGCCCCGCCGGCUGUUACGCUCCGGCGCCCCCACCCGCGGGCGACCAGGGCCGGGAGCGGCGGCGGCCCGGCGGGCGCGGAUCGCCGGCCCCGGCCCCCGCCCUCCCGACGGUCGGCGCCCCCCCGCCCUCCGGAGACGCGGCCCGGCCCGCCCCAUCCCCCACCCGCCCGGGGAAGUCCAGUCCUGCCCCUCCGCGGAACCCAGGAAAUCGGCCCUCGGUCCCGGCGCGCCCCACCCCGAGGCUCGCCCUCCGCGCGCCACGGCGCGGCCUCGCCCGGGCUACCUGGCGGGCGCUCGGUGGCGACCUCAGCCCGCGGCCCCGGGCCCGCCCUCAGCCGCGCCGCCGCCCGGGGGGCUGGGAGCCGCCGCCGCAGCGCGGGGCGCGGAGGCUGCGCGGGGAGCGGGCGGGCGCGGCAGGGGGAGGGGGAGCCGCGGGGAGGGGGCGGCCUCACCUGCGCCACUGCAAUGCCCGCGGCCGCCGAGCCAUUAUCUCGGGCGGAAGCGGGGUGCGGGGCGGCGAGGGCGCCGGGGCGCGGGCGGCGAUCGCGGCGGGGUCUCGCGGGCGGGCGCCCUCGCACUCCCGCGGCCGGGGCGAGCGCCGCCCGGGGCCCGAGCCCUCGGCCCGGAAGCAGUGGCCCGGGGCAGCCGCGAGCCGCCCGCCCGAGCCCAGCGGAAGAGAAGCCGCCGCCCGUCUCCUGAGGAGACUCCGCCUCAGCCCGGCGCCGCCGCCGAGGGGCGAGCGGGGCCGCGGGGCCGCGGAGCGGGGCCGGCCCCGCGCUCUCGGAGGGCCGGCCCGGGACAGGCAGGCCGGGGCGAGGCGGCGGCCCCCUACCUGUGUCCGGAGUGGGUGGCGGACCGAGGACCGAGGCUCAGCAGGCUCUGGGCGGCGGCGGCAGCGGCGAGGCUGA